AUGAGACCUGUUUUUGUGUAUGGCACCCUAUCAAGUCCCCAGGUCGUCGAGACCUUGUUAGGUCGGCCUCUGUCAGUAGAAUCAUUUCCUCCAGCGAUCUUGGACGGGCAUUCCAGGCAUCCCGUCAAAGGAUUUGUCUUUCCUGCCAUGAUUUCCAAUCCAACGAAACAAGUGAACGGCCUAUUGAUUGAAGAUUUAACUCCCAAAGAAUUGGAAUUAUUCGAUUGGUUUGAGAGUGAUGAGUACAUUAGGAAGGUUGUGGAAGUAAGAACAAAGAAUCAGAAAUCCGUGGAAGCCUUUGCCUACAUUUGGAAUCCCGAUCUGAUGGAAAUGCUUCUUCUGGACCAAGAAUGGAGCUUUGAGAACUUUUGCAAAGAGAAUAAGGAAUUGUAUCUAAAGAAUACAGUGACACCGUGUAGAAAGGAGAUGGAAUCAUUGGGGAUGACGAUAAGUAGGGAAACUUAG